UACCAUGACAGGUGUACGGGAUUUCAGAUGGACUCUCCUCAUCUGUGUGGCGGCGCUUUCAUAUGCUCUUGCAGGUAAAAUCUUUCCAACCAGCUCAGAUGCCCUCCUCACUUCCUCAGCAAUGACAGCCAGUCCUUCACCACCCAAUGUCUACCUUCCCGCCAACUUUAAGAUGUCCAAUGCACAACUGGCUUUCUUUUUGCGAGAGGCUCAGAUCACAGGACAAACAGUUGGCGGCGGCACUAAGAGCAGCAGCGGUCCCGGCAUUGGACACCCGCUUCAGCGGUCGGAGAGUUUUGUGGUUUUCCAGACAAAAGACCUCCCUGCCAUCAACAUAAGCUUUGGGCCUUUUGCCCGAGACCAGACCCUGUCCAAGGAGUUGCUCCAGCCAGCUAGUCCACUGGAUAUUCCCGGCCAGCUGACGGUCAAUUGGAAGGUGAGGGCCUUCAUUGUCCAGGCCCGGGUAUUCUCCAACAACCCCACUGUCCAGGUGUUUUUCUACAUUGCUGGCCGCGACUGGGAUGACUUCAAGGCUCAGGACAAGCUGCCUUGCGUCCGUCUGCAUGCCUUCCGGGAUGUCCGUGAAAUUAAAACCUCCUGCCGCAUGAAAGGCAACCUGGCGCAGUGCUUGGCCCAGCUGGAGCUGCCUCCGUCCUGGUUUAACACCAACGUGGCCCCACUGGGCAGGAGGAAAGGCUCCGGUGAUGGGCUCUUGGAUGGGCUGACCAGUGAGACCCUCCAGGCUGAGCUCUACUACACACUGCAUGAGCCUAAUCUGGAAGGGGAGUGCAGUGAGGGCUCAGGUCACAGGGGUGGUGGUGUUUCCAGGGGAGAGCCUCUGUCACAGCACCCCCUGCUGCGCAUCGGGAGCAUCAGCCUGUACCAGGCCAGUCAGGAGCAGCUGCUGGUGGAUAAGCAGUUAGACAAGAACAUGUUCCUCAGGCUGCCUGAGAAGCCCCUGAAGCCUGGAGAGACCCUCAAAAUCUUCCUCUACCUGAUGCCCAACUCCACUGUCGAACAGUUCAGCCUCAAGGUCAAAGCAAAGAAAGGGGUGAACCUGCUCCAGACCAAGUCGAAGAAUGCCCAGUGGAAAGUGGACUGGGAGGUGCAGUCCGGCGCCAAGCACUCUAUUACCACCAUCGAUGUGAACAAGAACAAAGCAGUCAAACAGGGGGACGUGUUGGGCAACGUGGAGGUGAUGCAGCUGGAUUUCGAGAUGGAGAACUUCACCAGCCUCUCGGUGACCAGGAGGAUCAACUGGAACAUCGACUACAAGGGCCAGAACCCGCCUCCUGAUUCAGAGAAGGUUGUGACGGAGCUGACGGUGGUGCAGCGGGACAUCCAGGCCAUCAUCCCUCUGGCCAUGGACACUGAGAUUAUCAACACUGCCAUUCUGACCGGACGCACUGUGGCCAUUCCUGUCAAAAUGGUCUCCAUAGAGAUGAAUGGAGCCGUCACCGACGUCUCAGCCUCUGUGCAGUGCAAGUCCUCAAAUGAAGACAUUGUUAAGGUGUCUUUGAAUUGCGACUACGUGUUCGUCAACGGGAAGGAGACGCGGGGCUCCAUGAACGCCAGGGUUAUCUUCAGCUACGAGCACCUGAGCGCGCCGCUGGAGCUGACGGUCUGGGUGCCCAAACUUCCCCUGCAGGUGGAACUUUCUGACAACAAUCUCAGCUUCAUCAAAGGCUGGAGGGUUCCCAUCCUGCCCGACCGAAGGAGCACCAGAGACAGCGACGCAGACGACGAAGACGACGAGCGCCGGGUGAGCCGAGGCUGCACGCUGCAGUACCAGCGGGCCCUGGUCAAGGUGCUGACCCAGUUCCACACCACCUCCACAGAGGGAACCGAUCAAGUCAUCACCAUGCUGGGACCCGACUGGCAGGUGGACGUCACUGACCUGGUCCAGGACUCCCUGAAGGUGGCUGACCCCAGGAUAGCGGAGUUGGUGGACAGGACUAUCCUGGUGGGCCUGGAGCUGGGAUCCACCACGCUGAAGGUGGAGUCUCCGCUGGCAGUGGAUGCAGUGCUGGGAGAGUCUGCAUUCUCGGUCACAGACGACAAGGUUUCCAUCACAGAGCUGCGGGUUCACGCCAUUUCAGGCCUGACCCUGUCACUGCAGCCCAGCCCCGGCAACAGCCACACCAUGGUGGCCAAGGCAACCGGCCUCCAGACACUCACUGCUCCCAAACAGGAGGCCAGUUUGUCCGUCUGGAUGCUCUUCAGUGACAACACAGCCGCCACCCUGACUUACUUUGAUCCCAAAGACUACAACCUCAAUGCCUCCACACUGGAUGACAAAGUGGUGUCAGUGUCCCAGGAGCCUCAGCAGCGCUGGCCGGUGGUGGUGGCAGAAGGGGAGGGGUCCGGUGAGACGGUGCGUGUAGAGAUGACUAUCUGCGAGGCCUGCCAGAAGACCAAACGCAAAAGCGUCAUCGCAUCUGCCGCAGUUUACGUCAAGGUCCGCUUCGGCCCAGAGGAAGACUCCGAGGAAGAGGCAACCACAGAGGGCGAGAUCGAGCUGGGGCCCGUCACCAGACGUCCAAUCAUUGAUCCGAACAUCAAUGGAAGAAUUUAUGAGACGUCUAACGAGCAGCCUGCUAGUGUUCCCAUUGAUUACACUAAUUUCCCCACUAUUAGCAACCAGGAGCGGCCGACCGAGAGUGAUGAAGAGGAGGAAGACGACUUUGUACAUUCACCUCGCAAUAUGACCGACCUCGAGAUCGGCAUGUACGCUUUACUGGGAGUCUUCUGCCUGGCCAUCUUAGUCUUUCUCAUCAACUGCAUAGUCUUUGUGCUGAAAUACCGCCAUAAACGGAUCCCGCCUGAGGGUCAGGCCAACAUGGACCACUCCCACCACUGGGUGUUCCUGGGAAACGGCCAGCCGCUGAGGGCCCAGUGCGAUCUGUCACCGCAGCAGGUAGAAAGUCCCAGUAACCCUUUGGAGGGCGUACAGACUUGCUGUCACGGGGACCACCACAGCAGUGGCAGUUCCCAGACUAGCGUUCAAAGCCAGGUGCACGGGCGGGGUGACGGCAGCUCUGGCGGCUCGACGAAGGAUAACGGCGAGGAGGCCAGCUCACCCACCUCCAAGCGCAAGAGAGUCAAGUUUACCACCUUUACCACCCUUCCUACAGAGGAGCUGCCCUACAACUCCAUCCCCAUCGCAGAUGAAGAGGACAUUCAGUGGGUUUGCCAGGAUAUGGGCUUUCAAGACCCAGAGGAACUGCAUGAUUACAUGCGCAGAAUAAAAGAAAUAGCCUGAGAUGAGAGGUGCAGUGUGAAGCACUGCUCUCAGCUUUCUAAUGAAACGUUCCUUUCUAUUUUUCUCUUUUUCACCUGAGUGAAAGAUAAACUUUCACAGACUAAAAGGCCAAUUGUUGUUUUGGUUAGGGUUUGUUCCAUUUAGUUUGCACAGUGCUGUAAUCUAAUACACGCUCACACAGAAGAGAAUGCCAGGAAGCCAAAGACUUGACCAGAGGAUCUCAAUCACUAGAGAAAUCUGUAAAAUGAUGGCUGUAGGAAAAAUGUUUCACUGGGAAGCUGAGCCAUGGCCAGACGUGAGCGCUGCCCCAGCUCUCUUCUUCUUUUCAGGAUCUGAUUCUAGAGAAAGCCUGACAUGGACAGGAGAGUGGAAGAGCUAUGGUACUGGCUGUGUUUUUGCUGACUCAGUGGGACUCUGCAGUACUGUACCUACUCCAAACUAAGAGGCCUUUGAUGAACAGAAAAACUGUCAAAGACUCUCAUGAAAGUUAUGUUGAAAAAGAAAAAAAAAAAAAAAAUCAUUUUGUUUUUGCCAAAGUAGGAAAGGAAUUCUUUUAAUGGCAAAACUUGUUUCAUUGUCGUUCUUGGUGCAGCACACUCAUGAUUUGUACUCAUUAUCAUUCCUUACAUUUUUCUACAUUUCAUAGGUAGUCAAAAGCAGUGCCCUACUUCUAGUCCUCCUGGUCCUGAACAAAUCUAAUGCCUUAUCAAAACGGUCACAGUUCACUUCUUAUAUCAGUCAACAGACGCGCUGUUUUCUCACUACGGCCAGAGGCAGCGUAGUACAGAGCAACUACGUAAAAUGCUACGACUGAUCUCGAGCAUGGGGUAAUAAAUAGAGAAGAGCUUGAGUAUUGUGAGGAUCUCUGACAGUCUUUGCAUGGAAGGGGAUCUUUGAGGCACAAUCAGCAACUUUUUUUCCAAAUUUGUAAAUGUUUGUAUUGUAAUUAUAUAAUCAUUCAUACACAUUACAGGAGUAAAUAUGUUAUCAUGCAUUACACGCAUGUCAGGCCUACACGCAGACAUUCCUCUCUAGUAUAUGUAUAUAUGGUACCGGGCCAGAGUCACCUCCGGCACGAACGUUCAGCGCGUUACUUAAUCCAAGCUAGGAGGAGCGGAGGGCCGGUUGAUGUCUUGAAAAUUUUAUAGUGUCGUGGUGAGUAGAAGGUUCCCCUCAGUAAUGUCUCGACAGAACCGUAGCUUUUUAACAAACUGGUAUCACGUUUGAUUGUUGAACAUGAGGAUUUGCUAUGCAUCAGAAUUGUAACAGAUCUCAUCUUUUGAUGAUUUAUUUCGCCUCUGAGUUCUGGCCUCCAGCCUUCGGGAAAAUUAAAAAAAACAAUUAAAAAAACUAAAAAAAAAAAAAACAAACUUAUAACGUACUAGUUGGAAAUAUUCUCACUGGAGACAAGAUCCUCUAAAGUCUGCAGGAAAUGUAAUUUCCCCAUAAAGAUUACUGAAUAAAUUAUUGAUUUUGCUUCAUCAUUUAAAUCGAGGUCAUCCCAUGAUGUCAUGCUGUUUUUCAAACACACUGUGUAAUGUAUGUAGUCCCUAUUUUGUUCUCGUGAACCCUCACCAGGGGAGGGGGUCACAGCUUUGCUCUGUCUGAACUUCGCAGACAGAGACCGGUAGCUCUUACUGCUAAAGAAAACAGCGGUGUUGCUAGAGGCGCACGAGCGGCGCAGACGUGCGGUUGAAAGAACGUGUGAACGUAUCUCAGGAUGCUGAUCGACUUCACUGGCAAUUGAGAGUGAUUGCGAACAACACAGCCAGUGUUUGCCAUGUGCAGAAGUGUUAAUUGCUGCGUUGAGCUUCUAAAGGUUUACUGACUACACCACACUAAAGCAGAGGAGAGAGAUCUGGUGGGGUUAGAAAGAGCAUCAAAUAUCUCAAGUGAGAUUUCAACCAAAACAUAGCGAGGCAGCCAGACACGUAGUAACUGAGAGCAUGAUGAAAGCAGAGUUAAUAGUAUUUUUAAUUGCAGUUGCCCUGUUAGUGUAGCGUUUGCUUUUUAGUAGUAGAGUGGAUGACUGGAGAUGAAGGUUGAUGUUGUUCCAGCUCUGAUCUCACAUAAAACAAGUUUUUUUUUUUUUUUUUUUUUUUUCAGGACUAAUGAAGCAACUGUGAGAUAAAAAGUAGUUUCCGUGUCACUUUCCUUUAAUUCUCUACUGCAUCUAAGGGCUUGGAUUUUUAUUUUAUGUUAACUGACUGACUGAUUUUUGGUGAUCCUAUGAAAAAACUAAUGUUGCUUGCUCCCUCUGUGGUGAUGAUGAGCACAAGCUCUGUUUCACUUCAAAAUGUACAUUUUGUUGCCAUCCUACCUGCUUUUCAGCCCCUGCAGCCUUAUUAAAGACCCAAUCCAGAAUUGUUCUCCUUGUGGCAGCGCUGUCAUACAAAUACCAGCUUCAGACGGGACGAAAACACAGAGACACACGCGUUUUCAUCGACUGACGGCUAAACACAACUGUUAAAUGUGAUCUGAAGAUUGAAAUGGUUUCCUUACAGCAACGUUGUAAAUACUGGAGCAAAACAGGCUUUACUUUUCCCACUUACUCCAAAGUUGCCAUGAGAUUAUUUUCCAUCAGUAAACCAUACCUUUCAAUAUUCUACAUGUAUAUAGACCCACAUUUGAUAUACUGAUAAAUCCUGGAUUGGGACUUUAAGGAUUUGGUUUACUGCAUGCCCUCUCUAUGUUCCAUGUGGUUGAAAUGAAUAAUGACCUGAUUCUACUGUAUAAUAAUGUUCAAUCUGUGUUAACAUCUGAGAAGGAGAUGAGAUGUUUUUUUGACAGUCCAAGCCCGUCCUUCAGCCACAGCAUCAACAUGAUCUGCCAUGAAAUCGAGAACAGCAGCAGCCAGCUGGAAGCGUUUCAGUUGUAACUUUAAAACGAUGGUGUCUCAGGAUGAGUGUUGGAUUUCUUUAACUAAAGCUGGCUGUUUUGUGUUUAGUGUUAACGUCGUCGCCCCAAUCUGGUGACGUUAUUAUAACAGAUUAAGUAUCUAAUAGCAGCUCCACACACUGAUUUUUUUAAUGAUUUCCCCCCCCCACUAAUUUACUCACACAGUAUGUAAAAUACCUUGCACAUGACAUGAUACAUCUCAAAAACAUUUUAUUUUUAGAUCAUUUUUUACAUCUUACUUCCUCUGUGAAUUCUGUCUUUUUUGUAACGCUGCUUUGGUAACGGUGCGCGGUGCACGGUCAUUUUAUAUUUUCUUCAAGCUGCUAAUAGAAACUAAAUCUUCUUACAACAUAUAAUUGAAGAUCUUGAAUUGUAUUUUCCUGUUCCCCUCCCCACCACGGAAAACUGUGCACGAUGUGCACAACUCAGUUGGCUGUGCCAGGUAACCACCACACUGACUAUAAUAUGUUAAUGUAUAGAGCACUGUUAAAUUUCCUGUAUUCUCUUGAAAACAAACCCUUGUAUUUUCCCGUUAUA